CUAGCCGAGACAUUUCGCAGUUGCUUCCCCUUGUAAAAUAGACGCCACUUGUAGGUCUAUCCCGAAAACGAAAGUCGACAAUCAGAGAUAAAUCAUUAAGACAAAAGAGCUAUGGCAGAAGCAGGAGGCAUUCCUACCUACAAGUGUGAUCACAAGUACAGGGGCUGUGCUAUAAUUAUAGUGAAUAAAAAUUUCUGGGUAAUCGACAAAGACGGUAAAAAAGUUCCAAACCCAAAGUUGAAAAGAAAGGGCUCAACAGUUGACAUAAAGAAAAUGGAAACUGUGUUUAAAGCCCUUGACUUCAAGGUCAAAGUUUACAAAGAUUUGACAGCUGAAUCAAUGAAAGACAAAAUAUACAAAGCGAGUCAGAAUGAGGAUUUUAACCAAAAGUCUGAUAGUUUUGCACUUGUGAUAAGUUCCCAUGGUGAAGAAGUGGAAGAGAAGAAAGUUCGCUACCCUCCGAAAGGUGCGACAAUAUGGCGGCACUGUGUACUGGGUUCCGACAACAGUCCCCUAUUUAUAGAUGACAUGAUAAGUUACUUCCAGGAUGAUAAAGCUAAAGGCCUGACUGGAAAACCAAAGCUCUUCUUUAUACAGGCUUGUAGGUCAAGGCAUGGAUUUCAACAUAAAAGAUUUGACUAUGGUGUGAAUAUCAAUGUGUCAGUGGGUGGUGCACUGUCAAACAUUCAGCCAUCUGAUGCCGGGGACCGUGGAGAUGAUGCUUUGUUGGACAGUCUGGAUUGUCUCACAGAGAUAGAAGAUAUAUAUAAGGAUUGCAUUGAUGAUGAUGACGAGGAAUGGAAAGGUGACCAGGAGUCAGGUUCCAGUGAUGAUGAAGACAGUAUUGUUGAUUCAGAUGAAGAUAUUUCUGAUGCCAGAGGUGAUCCUGAUUCGGGUUAUAUGCCGCCAUCACCUGAUAUGGAUCUUCCUAAUCCACUGCUUCCAGCAAAGGAUGACAAGGGUCCUACCAUUCCUGUAGAGGGGUCUCAGGACACAAACAUACCCCAAGAGCCACCAGGAGAUGAGGCAGAUGUGAAGCACUCCCAAGAUACAGGUGUAAUCCGACCAUCACCAUUCGACAUUGUUCCUAUCAAAUGCCCUGAAGACUGCUUGCUUGUCUAUCCUGCCAUGUCAGGAAACGUUGCAUUUCGUCGUGCGGAUCUUGGAUCAAGAUUACUUCACUGUAUGCAUAAAGAAGAGAAUCUGCAAAAGCUGGUCCGAGGUCGUAAUUUACUACAGUACUUGACUGACGUGUCUGGAGAUAUGGCUAGGGUAGAAAUUAACUUUGAACCAGAUGAGAAGGUAUACACAAAGAAGGAAGUCGAAGAAUUGAAGAAGAAUAUGCCGUUUAAAGUUAAAACGGUAAUAUUGCACAGGUUACAGAAGCAGCUGGUUUUUGAACCGAAGACGAAGAAAUCGAUAAUGGCGGCAGUUCUGAAGAAAUUCCAGAAGAUGUACAUUUGAAGUGAUGUAUUGACUUGUGCCAAAUCUGUAUGAUCAAAGGAGGUCAUGAAGAUACUAUAGUAUUAUUGAGCAAUUGUCAGGGUUGGUACUACCCUUGAGAUAUAUUUUAUCAAAUUAUUGUAAUGACACCAGUGCUAUUCCUAUAGUGCAUUUUACGUAAUGGUAUAUACAAACACUGCUUCAAAGCAACAGUAAUUAUCUGUGUUCUUAAUCUGAUAUGUAUAAGAUCCUCAUCAGAUGUAUAAAGUAAUUGUUAAGUUAGAGCUAUAUUUAUGAUUAAAUGACGUGCAGUAACAGUGGAUUGUUAAAAUGUUCUAGUUUUAGUUCACCUUAGUGCUCAAGGUGAGCUAUUGUUAUCACACUGUGUCCGUCAUUCUUUGUCAACAAUUUGACUGUUAACACUCUAGAGGUCACAAUUUUUGCCUAAUCUUAAUGAAGCUUGAUCAGAAUAUUACCCUCAAUAAAAUCCUAGACACAUUCAUAACUGGGCACCAAGGGUUAAAAACUAGGUCACUAUGUCGCUAGGUCAAAUAGUAGGAAAAACCAAGUUAACUCUCUCGAGGCUUUCUACCUCAUCUGCAUAAAACUUCAUUAGAAGGAACUUCUAUGAAUCUUAGGUCAAGUUUGAAACUGGAAUUUCUGAAGGCAAAGACUAAGUUACUAUUUCAGAUCAUAGGAAAAUCUUGUUAACUCCGCAGAGUCCACAUUUUCUUAUUGAUCAUUGUAUAUUUUUUGUCAGAAUGUCUGUCUCCAUGAAAUCUAGAUCAAAUUCAAAGCUUGGUUAACUGAGGUCAAAAACUAGGUCACUAGGUCAAAUCCUAGAAAAAAACUUGGUCAACAUUACUCUAUAGGCAACAUUUUCUAUUUUAUUUUCAUAAAGUUUUUAGAAUGUUGUGUAUAGGAAAUGUAGGUAAAGUUUGAAACUGGAUAAUCUAGGUAAAAAACUAGUUAAAUUUUCUUUCUUGAGAUCAGGCUCAGGCUCGGGCUAGUCUUCCUUAUAUGGCUACAAGAAAAAGCGUGAAAAUCUUCUUCUCUCUGAAACCACUGGUCUGAUUUUGCAAUAAUUUCACAGCAGUGGGUGACCCUCUACCAAAUUUUCUCUAGUUAGUUUGAUUUAUCUAAAAACAUGAUUGGUAGGGACUAGGAUAGUUUUCUCUAUAUUUAUGACUAUAAAAAUUGAAAAUUUCUAAAAUAAGAAACUGCCCAAUUUUGAAAUAAUUUCACAGAAAAGUUACUUGGGUGACACCCUACAAAAGUUGUUCAGUCCAGCUGUGAAACUCAGGUGAGCAAUCUAGGGCCAGCAAGACCCUGUUGUAUUGUGUUCAGCAAUAGAUAUAUAAAGUGUGCUCUUCUUCACACCUAAUGCAUAGUUGUGUUAAUACACAUAAAUUUGUUAAUAAGACUUAAGUUCGACUGUUCAAAGAAAUUAGGUAGAGCUAUUGGACUCACCCAAGAGUCGGCUUCUGCGUCCACGUCAGUGCCUCGAUUUGGUUAAUUUUUCGUAUGUGAGCUGAUAUGCAUUGUAAAGGUUCCGUAACCUUGUUUUGCAAUUUUACAAAAUCAUGCGCAUUUUUUACUUUUAUAUUCAUUCAAUUGACAAGGCAGUUGAAUUGUCAAGCGUUGCUGUCCUCCGGCAGCUCUUGUUUUUAAAUUACAGUAACUAUAUGUAUUUAUUCAUAUUUGAUGUGAGAUUUUAUUAUACCUUUGAUUUGUGUAUUUUAAAACACAGCUUGAUCAGUAAAUACUAAAAUAAGA